GCAACAGUUGCCCCGGUGAAGGCAAGGCGCCAUAGUCACGGUAGUCCUGGCGACAAGAGCCAAGCAACGGGACUCAACAACAACCCAAAUCUAAGGGGAAAAACUGAGGACCAAAAAGCCAAUACCGGGAAAAAUCAAAGAAUUAGUGCCUGAAAGCAUUGGUUGCCAUGGCAACUUCUGGAUACUCAGAAGACCUCCAGCCUCAGCAGACCAACGCAGUAACCAUAGCAACACCGGCUGCCACCACACCCUCAUCUGCCAAGACAGCAGCACACUUCCUGGCCGGACUACCACUAACCUCUGGUAGCAUUGCAUCAGCCAACCAAUCCGCCAUGGGCUCCAAAACUGGACAGGAUGCACUUUCUUCUCAAGUCCCACCCACCCAGGCCCAGAGCCAGAAGGCAACAGUUCUGACUGCUCCCACACAGCACUACAUAAACCCCGAGAUACAGCACACAGUGGCCCAAAAGAGUAAUGGUCAGAGCACUUCGCCCCAGUACAUCAUUGUGACAGUUACAGAGGGUUCUGCUCACUCCAAUGACAGUCUGUCAGACUCCAGCUCUCCAGUCCCAGGUGUGCCUACACAGGUGGUCCAGCCAGUACAGACAACCUCACAACAGAGGUCAGUGUUGCAGGCGGUCUCACAGGCUGGCAAGAGGAUCCAGUCAACACCCAUCAACAACCUACAGACCACGCAUAUCAACCAGGAGAAGGUGGAGCAGGUGUACUCGGGCCAGGUGCAGUAUGUGGACGGGGGAAGUGCUGACACAGCUUUCAACACAUCCGCUCUUCGGUCGGCUACCUACUCCUUUUCCGACUCGCCCCUCUACUCUCAGACCCCUCCCACAUCCUCCUCUAACUUCUACGAGGCCACGUCCAGCUCGGAGUCUGACAUCAGCGGAUCUGUGACCUCGCAGACGGUCUCUGUUGGAGCAGCAGGUGCUACGAGUGGGGGCACCUCUGCGGGAGGAGGAGGCUAUGUCAUUCAGGGGGCUUAUGUGUUAGGAGGAGGGGCAGGAACAGGAGCGGGACAGAGUUACUCCAGUCCAAAUUCACGUGCCCCACCAGCCACCGUGCAGUGGCUGUGUGACAACUACGAGGGGGCGGAGGGUGUGAGUCUACCUCGCUGCACCCUCUACUACCACUAUCUGCUGCACUGCCAGGAGCAGAAGCUAGAGCCAGUCAAUGCUGCCUCUUUUGGCAAACUCAUCAGGUCUGUCUUCAUGGGCCUCCGCACUAGAAGGCUCGGGACCCGCGGGAACUCAAAGUACCACUACUACGGUCUCAGGAUCAAAUCGGGUUCUCCUCUGCUGAGACUGAUGGAUGAACAGCAGCACAUGGCAAUGCGACAGCAGCCUUUCUCACAGAAAAACAGGAUAAAGCCAGUUCAGAAAACACAGGGCAUCACCAAUGGGACAUCUGGGGGGGUGGCCCAGCAGCAGGCAGCAGUGGUUUGCGAUAUUUCUGCCCAGGUACAACAGUACCAACAGUUCCUGGAAGCAUCACGGCCGCUGCCUGAGUUUGUUGACAUGCAUCUGCAAGAGCGCAGCUUGCCUGAUGGGAUCCUCCCCGAACACCUCAAGGCCUUUCAGGCACUCUACAGAGAACACUGCGAGGCCAUUCUGGAUGUGAUGGUUAACCUUCAGUUCACGCUGGUGGAGACACUAUGGAAGUCUUUCUGGAGGUUCAGCCAAGGUGGCGACCCAGAAUCUCUCAACUUGCACAAUGAGUCAGAGAAACGUCUGCCCAAGUCAUGCUUGGUGCUGCUGUGUAAGUUUGAGCCUGUGCUGCACUGGACUAGAGAGUGUGACAACCUGCUCUAUCAGACACUAGUGGAGAUCCUCAUCCCUGAUGUGCUCCGACCCAUCCCUAGUGCCUUAACUCAGGCUAUCCGUAAUUUUGCUAAGAGUCUGGAGAGCUGGCUGUCAGGCGCCAUGAUGAACAUCCCAGAAGAGAUGGUCCGCAUCAAGGUGGUGUGUGUGAGUUCCUUUUCCCAAACACUGCGUCGCUACACCAGCCUCAACCACCUGGCCCAGGCAGCCCGUGCUGUCCUCCAGAACUCCGCCCAGAUCAACCAGAUGCUCUCUGACCUCAACCGCGUUGACUUCACCAACGUUCAGGAGCAAGCAUCUUGGGUGUGUCAGUGUGAGGAUCGCAUUGUCCAGCGACUGGAACAAGACUUUAAAAUGACGCUGCAGCAGCAGAAUUCCUUGGAGCAGUGGGCCUCCUGGCUGGAUGGUGUUGUCUCUCAGGUCCUCAAACCUUAUGAGGCCAACCCGGUCGCUCUCCCGAAGGCUGCUAAAGUCUUUCUGCUCAACUGGUCCUUUUACAGCUCCAUGGUAAUACGAGACCUGACCUUGCGCAGUGCUGCCAGCUUCGGAUCCUUCCACCUGAUCCGCUUGCUGUAUGACGAGUACAUGUACUACCUGAUCGAGCACAGAGUGGCUCAGGCUAAAGGAGAGACUCCGAUUGCAGUCAUGGGAGAAUUUGCCAGCACCAUCAAGAGCCGAUCCACUCCUGACCUGGAGAAAGACGAGGAAGACGACGACGACGAUGAGGAGAGCGAGGAGGAGAGUGGAGAUCUGGUGCUGCAGUCCAACUCUUUGAGCAUUCUGGAGGAGAAGGAGCUCCUGGAGCCUCCUGCCAAGCAGCCCAGGACAACUUUAAAUCUGCAUAGUCUGACAGAGACGCACAACACGCCGCCUUAAGAGGAAUUCACACACGCACACACACACACGUUUUUGCGUUGACAUCAUCAAGUCAUCCCAUUCUGCAUCCUGCUGUCCUGUGUGGUCUUCUGAAUUUCCAAAAAGAUAGUUUGGUGUUGAGUGUUUGUCGAUUGUGAGUGCCCUUUAUGCCAAUGACGUAUUCUUUGCUUAUUGUGCUGCCAUUUUGUUUCUCUUCCUUCAAUCAUGUACAAUCCCUGUGCCUUCCCAGAGCAUUCGGUGGCCAGCCCUGCCCUAAUUUGACAAAUUUACUUGGUAUAGUAUCUAUGUUCGUGAGUCUCCCCUGCUCCGCCUUAACCACUGACCUGAUGUGGAGAAAUUGCUGUCAUAACUUGUAAAAUAUCACAUUGCCUUUUAAAGCAAUGUCUAUGCAGGGAUGUUUUCACAUCAGAAAUCAUAGAUUUUGUGGGCACAUUGAUGGGCAACUGGUUGUGGAUGCCAUAUUUUAUCAACUUCAUGUACGUUUUUUAUAAUUUGGCCAACUAACUUGAUACGCUGUGCCUUUUGAGAUUCCUAGCCUGAAGAAGCUUGUAUUCUAUAUAUUCUGUAUUGUUGGAUUAAUAAAUGGGGGUUCUGUGAA